UUUAACAGCCGAUCAUAUAAACCCAUCUCAUGAGAGUGCAGCGUAUCCUCCUCCAUCUUCACACGUGUGUUUACUUUGCGCACAGACGAGCGAGACGUUACACCGCGCUGCGCCUCAGCGCCACCCACGGUACUGGAGGUGAACUGCAGGUCAAACCACAAGACGUCGCUUUCAUACAAAUACGACCGCCUAUGAAGAAUAACAAAGUCUAGAAAGCGAUUCAAGAAUCUUUACGUCACAUUUCAUGUUUUUGCACGGUCUCCCGCGUUGCAUUUACAGCCAAACGCGGUUUAAGGCGUUUCACCUGCAGUUACUCCGACUGACCGCUGGAUGUCGCUGAUGCGAAACGCCCUUUUGAUGAACUGACAGAAGACAAACAAAAGCAUCAACGUAGAGGAAAAGCAGAGCACGAACACAAAAUACGAGAGAAAAGAAAAUCUGAUAUGGAGACACAGAUGAGGCAGCGUGUGUUCACCGGGGUGGUCACACAGAUGCAGGAGCAUCAUGGGAUUGUGGAUCAGGAGGUUCAUUUUCCAGUGAGUGUUGUGGUGGGUCGUGUGCCCCUGGUGGGAGAAAAAGUGUUGGUAAAAGCGGUCCAGGACCCCCUGAAGCCCAUCAGCUGGACUGCACAGAAAGUUCAGACGCUGAACGGACAGCCCUUCAAAUCUCCUCCUCCGCUGCUGCCCUCCAUGUCAUCCAAUCCGAAGCCUGGCAUUUUAGGGACCAAACCGCAGCCUCUGCUGAAAUCUCCCAAAAUACCACCACUGAUUCCCAGCAUGCAGCCAAAUCCUGGUGGCAUGAUGCAGAUGUCCCAUCACCAGCAGAUGUCCUGGAACGGUCCGUUUGACGGUUGGGGUGGAGGACUGAAGAGACACGCUGAGGUCAUGGGAGGACGUAGAGGUGGACGCUGGGAGGACGGUGGCGGAGGGCCGUGGGGAGGAGACGCCAUGCACCAGAAACGAAAAAGAUGGAGGGCCGCUUCAGAGGAGGAAGUGCCCAAAAAGAGCAGCUCCAUAUCCACACACAGCGCUCCAUUGUUCACCUGUUUCUCCAGGGACACCCAGGCCUGUGAUUAUCUGGAGCUUCAGCGGCGGUACCCACACCUGCACCUGCCCUCCAACCUCUUCCACCUCCAGCUGUCCUGGACCGAGAGUUUCCCACUCGACCAGCCUCUUCCUCUGAGAGGACCGUGUCACUUUCACGUGGGAUCGAACCAGCCGGAGAGUGAAGCAGAUGUUUGCGAGUCCACAGAUGAUGCUUUCUCCGUUAGGGUUCUGUUGUUUUCUAUGCCGUGCCUUGAGGACUUGUACUCACAGUGUUGUAACCUCUCAAAGGACGGUCGGACGCAGAAGGAGGCCGUACAUCCCACUACACUUCUCAAAUUUGUGAUGGUGGACAGUGGAGGUGAACUGCGGCUUCCAGGAGGUCACUGGUCACCCAAAGCGGACGGAGCAAAUCCAGCGAAGGACGGUUCGACGCUGGUCAACACUGCGGUCCGCUGCAUAAAGGAACAAACUGCUCUGGACCUCUCAGCCUGCACGCAGUGGCACAAGGUGGCGGAGCUGAGAUAUCUUUCCGGAGAUAAAAUGCAGACAGUUGUGGUGUUGUUGCCAGAUGUGUGGAAUCUAGUGCCAGCAGAAGAAGACUGGGCAAAAUUACCACAAAAACAGCUGGAUGGUGAUUUGUCACUUCCAGAAGGUCCGUCUGUGGUUUUUCACCCCUCCACUGGACUCAAUCUGUCUGUCGUGUCUCUGUCCUCACUGCUGGAGCCCCAGACGCCUCAGACGCGGGACAGCUGUGAGGAGGAUGAGCCCAAAAAUACAGACAAACUGACUGCAAAAAAGAAAGGAUUGAUCGAUGCAAAGAAGAGAAAACUCAAAGAGAAGGAUGGGGAGAGAGAGACAGAAGACGGCGCACUGACGGACGAGACUGAACCGGCUGGAAAACAAUCUGAGCAUCUAAAAGAGAGUAAAAGUCAAAGUGCAGGAGGAGACAAUCAGCCGUCCAAAGACAGCGACCGUCCUCUGGGCUGGACGGCUGAACUUCCCCGUAAAGUGCUUCUCUCCUGGGUCUUCUUUGACCGUCAGCUGACAGGAAGUCUUCGAGAGGCAGACCUGCUCAACAUCCUGCUGUCUCUCGGCCUGUUUCUCAGUCCUGCUCAGGCGCAGGAUCUGGUCAGAAAGGCUGCAGUCGGUGGGCUUUGCCUCUACAGAAAUCUGUGCAGUCGCUGGUCAGACGCCGAUCGGACAGACGGCAGCAUCAGUGCUGAGGGAAAUAAAGCCAUGUUGCCCGGCCAGGCAUGCAAAGAGAGAGCGUCCGCUCGUCGCACCGGUAACACAGAUCUGGUGAACUACAGAGGGAACGUCAUUAACUUACCAAACCUACUGCAGACGCUGGAGAGCAGCAAAGCGGCCCAACGUGAACUGGAGAAGUGUGUCGCCGCUCUGCAGUCCAGACUCGAGGCAGCAGAAGCGAGGCAGGCGUCUAAUGAACAGGAGCAGGCCCAUCAGAAAGAGCUGAAGAGGAAACUGGAGAAAGCCGAGACGCUCAAUAAAACAUACGAGAAGAGUUUGAGAGAAAACAGCGUUCAGAUGAUCUCGGUCAUUGAGAAGAUGCAGAGGAUGGUUGAACAGACAACAGCCCUCACAAAUGCAGGAAAGGAUGAGAAGGCGUAGAGACGCAAAAGCUCAUCGGAUGGUGAUGCAAUAGCAUUUUUGGACCGACGAGAAUAAACAAAAAAAACCUGCAAAAUAAUUCAAAACAAAAAAUGUAGCCUUUGUUUUUUAGCUUUUAAAAAACUUCUAAAAAAAUUUCAUGCACAUAGAUAAUACAGAAUUGCAUUCAUGGGCGUUUGUAAAUGUUUUUAUUAAUAAAAAUGUGUUGCUGGCUCAUUUUAGAAUGUAUAUGCAUUCAUAUGAAACCAUGUAAUGUGCUUAAAUAUGGAAAGGAAACUUUGUGCUUUAUUUAUUUAGUGUUAUUAAAUUUUAUUUGGUUAUUAAAUUCUGGCAGCUAUGAAGGUAUGAUCCUUCCACACAACUGACAAUCUCAUAAACAGAGAUGCAGAUCCGCAAACCUGUUCCUAGCCCUGUAUAAUGAAACUGUAAUUUUUUUUACAUGUGAAACUGUUUUAAAUGACAGGCGUAUGUCUAGUCAGGUUUUAAAGGUUGAAAACAAGCAUGGAACCUUUUUUUUUUUCAGAUUGAACUUUAUUGGAAUUCAGUUUUAGUGUGUACUGAAGCAUUUCCUUACUGUUAGAAACCAUCCACCGCCAUAGAUAUUCUCAAGUGUUGGUAUGAGGAUAGUCUAGUGUUUAGUCUAGACUCAAAUAUAGUCAAAGUUCAAUUAUUUUGGAAAUACUGCCUGAAUUCUUCCUUGCAAUUAAGUUUAAAGUCAAACCAAUCCAGAAAAAUUUGCGAAUUGUGAGAAUGAAUACAUUUUAAUCUAAAGUCUUAAACAAUUCAGGAAGGUUUGCAAACAGUAAGAUAUUGACCCGUUUAAAUGCAAUUGGCAAAAAUAUUUUUGUCUUUUUCUCAGGGACCAUUUAUAUAUUUUCUAAUAGCCUGUUUUGAACAGUUGCGCGUUUAAUUGUCUUCCAGCUGAAUUAAGUGACUGAGUAAAGUUGAAAACAUAUGCCAUGUAAUAUAUUUUUUAUUUUAUUUUCGUCUGCUUUUUUUUGGUUCACAAAAUCUACCACAUUUUGUUCAGUGACUUGGCCACUCAAUCUCCAAUCGUGAUGCAUGAACAUUUAUUUGUCAUUUAUUUUUGAGGGAAAACGGAAAUAAAAGAGUUCAA